GGUAAAUGCGUCUGUCACUGCACAUUGCGUGGUACGCUAUGCAAGCCGUUUGUAUUGUAAAAGCAUAGUCGUCCACAAGAGCUAAGGGGCUUUAAAAGAGUAUAAGCAAAAUAGCACAUUCAACCGACACAAUCCUCUGCUCGCAGCAGCCCCAUCCAACAAGAACCAGCUUCUUCGAGUUCGAACCCUCUCUCAAAAUUCCCAGGCUGUCUACAUGUCGCCCAACACCGCCGACGCUAUGACAAACACCCCGACUCACCGAGCACCUUACGGGCUGCGCAGCAAGUCCCGCGCCACUCAGCAAGCGAAGCCUUACAACCUACGAAGCAGAGCCCGCAGCGAGCGAGCCGCCAAAGCACAGCUCGAAGCAGCCUGCAAAGGCACACGCCCACCUCGAAGCCGUGCCGCAGCUUCUACACACAAGUCCCAGCAGACGGCCAACACCGCGAUCUCGGCGUUGCCGCGCGAGGCCACCCCAUGUCUUCCUGAGAUUUUGGCCCUUCCCAGCGCUGGCCCGGAGACACCCCAGCAGCAGAUCGGCGUUGACACCACCACUACGGCCCCCGAUGCACCCAGGAAACCCCAGUGGGGCGCAGGGUCAGCGUCGAUCGCCAUUGCUAAUUCAGCCUUGUUUGUGAUUACCGAGGAGAGUGAUUUGUUUGACAGCGAUCGGUUUGGUGAUUCGGAGAUCUAGAAACGGACGAGCGGAGUGGGCAGGGUCGAU